GGUGACCCAGGCAGCGGUGGGUGGCUGACAGCUCCCGCAAGCAGCUGCACCAGGCAGUUGCUCGGGGCGGGCCUCGGGGACUCGAGCUCCUCAACACAACACCACACAGCCCGUCCUUUAAACAAAGACCCAAAGUCCGUGCAGCUGCUUGCAGGAGCUGUCUGCCACCCACCGCUGCCUGGGUCGCCCGUCGUGUGUCAGUGCUGGGAAAAGUUCUCUCUCGGGCAACCUAUAACCUAGUUAAAAGUGCAAUUGAAGUCGUGGAAAGACGAAUAUUUAAUACACACAGAUUAAGGAAUCUUAGAUAUUAAAGUGAAAGAAUCAAGAUGAAACAGUCACUGCUAGCAGUGGUGGUUGUAACAGCUGUGGUGCCUCUGGCAGCUCUAGCAGCUUCCAGGAGUCUGGAGGAUAAGCAAGUGAACAAUACACUCGUGAAACCUGCCCUGCUAAGAGAGGUUAUCAACAUCAGCAAAGAUAUACAGAACAUCACCAGUAAGGGAUUGGAGUAUUACCUCAUCAACUAUGGUCCACUCGUCAAAAUUUUCGUCACCGACUUCAUGGACUCCUUUGGUAUAUCCAGAAACUUGCAACUUGCUGCUCCCAUUGUUAUUAAGAUAUUAAUCAUUGGUGUCUAUGCAGCCAUGCAGUUUCAGCCUUCUUUAACAGCCUUUCAACAGACGGCCCAAUCAACAUACGUUUUCUUAAAGAACUUCAACUCUCCUGAACUCAAAAUUAUGAAUGAUUUGACUGAUAAAGUAUUUGAAGUAUUUGAUAAUGAAAUAGUGUAAUUUAGUUUGUUUUAGCCAUUAAUAAAACUUCAUAUAAUA